AUGGCUGCUCCUCGGUCUACCUCACUGCGUGCUUUACGCAUCCUCUCCCAGCAGCAUACUGCUGCUCCCAGUAUUCGCCGGGGUUUGUGUAUUACGAGCGCUAAGGAGGCCCAAACGGCCAAUAUCUCGGAUAGGAGCUCCUUGUAUACUGCUCGCAGCUUGCCUGAUCUCAAGAGUGAGUGCCAGCGGAGAUCCCUGACGUCCAACGGCAGCCAUUCGGAGCUGGUGGAACGCCUUGCAAACCAUGACUUCCUUCAAUCCCGCGCCUUUAGCAUUGCCAUGCGGAGAAUCAACGGCAGCUCUACCUCCCAGAAUACCGGUCGUCAGUUCAACACUUCUCGUGCCCAGAAGGCCGUAAAUGACUCAUCCACUGUGGAUUUCGCGUACCUGCCGUCCAUGGCGGACAUUGAUGCUCCUGCUCCUCGCGCGGAUCCGCGCAUCCCGAUCCCUCCCGAUGCCUACACCCACCAUGACUCGGCCCACUUCUCCAGUCUCCCCAUGAAACCCCAGGUCUACACGGUAUCCGGGGAGGGGGCCGAUGUCUCCGCCAGUCCGAUGACGGAGGUUGUGGACAACCACGCGGUAGAUAUCGACCCGUUUUCCCUGACAGAGACGGUUGGCAAGUCCCGCUUCGGGGAGGAGAUCCAGCGACACAGGAACGGGUCCAACGAACGGGGUGUAGUGCGAGAACUGUGGACCGAGAUGCUGGACGAUCUUAUAGGAUCCAAACAGCCGAGUCAGCGUAAACAUUGA